AUGCCUAAAGUGAUCAUUGUUGGUGGAGGAUGUUUUGGAUUAUCAACAGCCUAUGCACUUUCAUUGAAAUCAGAAUAUGAAGUAUGGGUAUUUGAUAGACAAUCUAUCCCAUCACCAGAUGCUGCUUCUACUGAUAUCAACAAGAUCAUGCGAUUUGAUUAUGGCGAUGAUAUAACUUAUAUGCAUUUGAUGAUGGAGGCAUUACCUUAUUGGCAUCAAUACAAUAAAGAAAGAGCAGAACAAGGUGAAUCACCCGUAUUUCAUGAAACAGGUGUAUUGAUGAUGAGUCGUCAUGGUGAAUACUCGGAUUUCGAAAAGAAGAGUCUAAGGAAUAUCCGACAAGCUGGGUAUGGACAUUGUAUUGAAGAACUUGAUGGAGAAGCCAUCAUUAAAAGAUAUCCUCAAUUUAAAACAGCAGUACAUCAUGGAUUUAACAUUGCUUAUUUAAACAAAGCUGGUGGAUGGUGUAACUCUGCUGAAGCUGUGAAACAUAUGCACCAAAAAUGCUUACAACAAGGUGUUCGAUUUGUGAUUGGUGGAGAUCAAGGAACUUUAUCUUCAUUGUAUUGUCCAAACAACAAUAAGACAGAAGGCAUUGUGACCAUGGAUGGGAAAAUUCAUAAAGCAGAUAAAGUGGUAUUAGCCACAGGUUCCUGGACUCCGGGUGUGGUGGAGAUGGAAAAUCAAAUCAUUGCUACUGGUCAAGCCGUGAUUCAAUUUAAACCUUAUGGUGAUUUACGUGAUCAAUUCGAUCAAAAUUGUCCUGUUUGGUGUGCUGAUUUAUCUAAAACUGGAUUUUAUGGAUUUCCUAUUAAUGCUGAUGGGAAAAUGAAAAUAGGGAUUCAUAAUAGUGGAUAUCUUUGGCCAAGAAAACAUGAUAAUGUAUCCAUUCCUCGUACUCAAGUGGCUUUUGAAUGUGAUACCAUUCCACUAUCAGCUUUAAGAGAAUUUCGUCGAUUUUUGGCCAACUUUAUACCUGGUACUUCCUGUAUGGAUAUUGCUUACUCUCGUCUUUGCUGGUAUUGUGACUCUAUUGAUGGUGAUUUUCUUAUCAGUCAACAUCCCAAAUAUUCAAAUCUUAUAAUAGCAGCUGGGGAUUCUGGUCAUGGUAUGAAAUUCCUUCCCAAUAUAGGUUUCCAGGUGAGAAAUGUGAUUGAGGAUAUAUCCACGGAUUAUACUAGAAAAUGGGCUUGGAGGAACAUGGAUGUAGCCAAUACAAAACUUGACGGACUUCGUCAAGGAUCUGCUGUGAAUCGUGGCAUUCUUUUAGGUCAUGAUGAAAAUAUGCGAUUUGCCUCACCGGAUGAAUUGACAGCAGCAACAGCACACUUGUAAUUUGAUUGUAU